GAGCAAGAUAAAUGUACCGCGUGCCUGUGGAGGUGCCCCUGCUGCUCGUUCCACAGGCACGGAGAGCGGACAUGGGUGAGUUUCCGGCUACGGAAGACGUGGGCAUCACCUGAGAGACUGCCGGGCACCUUCUCCAUAACAGCAGAGCCGGUCUAUGCUGUUGCCAAUACGAUGAGGACGACGACAGGCGUGCCUUGAUCACCGUACUAGCAAGCACUCCAUCUUCAUCUCAGAAGCACCGAGCUGUCGAUAUGGCAUCGCCACUCCCUGGUUAUGAAUCUCACUUUGGGGUCGAAAACAUCCCGUUCGGUAUCGCAUCAUCUGGAAAUGGCACGAAGCCAACAGUUGUCACGCGAUAUGAGGACAGUGUGGUGUUCCUUGCCCAAUUACAGCACCUAUUUGCUGACAUCAAAGAAUUAAACACCGAGGUCUUCGAGCAGCCAACACUAAACGCUUUUGCUGCAUAUACACAAGAAGUCCAGAAUGAAGUUCGGCAGCGAGUACAGGCUGAAAUCAAGAGAGGCAAUGGGACCAAAUGCUUCCCUCCAGAUUCGGUCAAGAACAUCUCUCAAGUUGUGAUGCACGUUCCCGUUGAUGUUGGCGAUUUCACGGAUUUCUCUUGCUCGGAACAUCAUGUACAAAACGCUUCAGAAGCCAUGACAGGCCAAAGAUCCACACCGCCAGCUUUCUACCAUUUCCCUAUAGGCUACGCUGGACGAUGCUCCAGCAUUGACGUGUCGGGCACGCCGGUCGAACGUCCGUUAGGACAACACUGGAGCGGCAAGCCAAUGCAGAGUGACGUGGUGUUCGGACCUUGUGAAAGAAUGGACUACGAACUUGAGCUAGGUGCCAUCAUCGGAAGACCACUACCCAGAAACGAACGUAUCACGGCCGAGCAAGCGGAAGAACACAUCUUGGGAUAUGUGCUGAUCAAUGACUGGAGUGCCCGGGACAUUCAGGCACUGGAAAUGAUUCCACUCGGACCUCUCAAUGGCAAGAAUGCUGGGACCACUAUGUCACCCUGGGUCAUCACAAGUGCCGCCCUGCAAGCUUUCAAAACUUCUUCGCCGCUAAGAAAGAAUCAGGCAGAGGCGGCCUACCUCAAGGACAGCAGCAGUAACGCUUUGAAUAUCGAUCUACGAGUGGAUGUUACUUCCGGAAAGGACAACGUCACCUCUCAGACAACAUGCCGAAGCAACAGUUCCUGGAUGUACUGGACAUUAGCACAAUGCGUUGCCCAUCAAGCUAUCGGUGGCUGCGGCCUGAGAACAGGCGAUCUUUUAGCCACUGGAACAGUAAGUGGGGAGAGUGACGACCAACAUGGAUGUCUUUUGGAGUUCAUGAAACAAGGCACGACUCCGCCUCGAGGUUACUUGGCAGAUGGAGAGACUGUCACAUUAUCAGGCUACUGUGGAGAGGGCGUUGGGUUUGGUGAAUGUGUUGCCACAUUGUUGCCUGCUAGACCGCUGUAG